CCAUCAUGUCGCCCGCCGCUACACUCCCAGAAGACACCGUCGUCUCCAGCCUCCGCUCUUCCCUCUGCAACGAGACCGCCCCACUCGGCCAACGUUUCCGCGAUCUCUUCUCUCUCAAACAUCUCGCUUCGCAGAACCCCGCGACUGAACAAUCCAUCCCCGCAGUCGAGGCGAUCGCUGCAGCGCUGGUUUCCGACUCUGCUCUUCUUAAACAUGAGUUAGCGUACUGUCUUGGCCAGUCGGGAAAGGAGGAGGCGAUACCUUUUCUACGAGCGGUGAUUGAGGAUCGACAGGAGGAUGCGAUGUGCAGACAUGAGGCGGCAGAGGCAAUUGCUGCGUUGGGAGAUUGGAAUAGUUUGGGGCUGCUGAAGGAGAGGAGGGACGAUAAGUCGGAGGAGGAAGUUGUCAGGGAGACGUGUGAUAUUGCGGUGGAGAGGAUUGAGUGGUUACAUUCUGAGGAGGGGAAGAAGGAGACUUUGAAGACGAGCGACUUCUCCUCCAUCGAUCCAGCACCUCCGAUGGCAGCGCAAGCCGACACACCUUCCAUUCCCGAACUCGAACGAUCACUACUAGACACCAAGCUUCCACUCUUCCUCCGAUACCGAGCCAUGUUCGCGCUCCGCGAUCUCGCUUCACCACCAGAUCUUCCCACAGCCGUUCCCGCCGUCAACGCUCUCGCAGCAGGACGCAAAGAUCCCUCAGCACUCUUCCGCCAUGAAAUCGCAUUCGUCUUCGGACAACUAUCGCAUCCGGCUUCCAUUCCGUGUCUGACGGAAAUGCUGGGCAAUGCGAAAGAGGCGAGCAUGGUUCGACAUGAGGCUGCUGAAGCGCUCGGUAGUUUGGGCGACGAGCCGGGUGUUGAGGAUACGCUCAAGAAGUUCCUGAAUGAUCCAGAGCAGGUGGUGAGGGAUAGUAUUAUCGUGGCGCUGGAUAUGGCGGACUUUGAGAGGAGUGGCGAAACGGAGUAUGCCACGAUUCCAAUCGCUCAGGCGGCGUAGAUCGUCGGGGAGUCCUUUUUGGCCGCGUGGAUCUUUGAACAUAGCAAAAAGCAUGUAGACGUAUACCAGUCCGUUUCGAAUCGCUCAAUUGUUAGUGUUCCACUUGUGAUUACACGCCGGACACGUGUAAAAGAUUGUGCUUCCUUCAUCAGCAGAUCGCAGUUGCUUCUCGUAGAACGUGACACGAGGUUCGCCGCAAUUUUCGCAUUGCACGUUGAUCCAGUUGCCUUUCUGACGGUCUUCCUCGAGGAUUUCCUGCAC